AGUAAUAUUAAGGGGCAAUAUCCCAGUGGUAGCAGCAUAAGGGGGCAGUUAUAUGAAGGACCGGUAUCCCUGGUGCAGUAAAAUCAAGGGCUAGAAUCCCAAGAUUAUUGUAUUAGGGCCACUAUCCCGGGGGCAGUAUAUCAGGGCCCACCGUGCACAGGGGUAUUAAUAUCAGGGGCCGGUACGUUUUAGCACCUGGAAUCUCAUUAUUAACAUAUAACGGAGCAGAAUACGGAGAUCUGGUCGGAACAUCGCGACAGAGGAACCGAUGAACAAGGAGGUCUGUGUCCAGAGCUGGCCAUGUUCCUAUUUCCUGACCGGCGAAAGGCGAUGGAUUCCCGGAAGGCUGUCACUGACUCCUUUGCGGCUGCGCUUCAGAGCUGACAACACCGACGAAUACCUGGUGAGCUUCCACCUGUCCGGCAUCUGCGAGGUUAAGAAGGAGUCCUCGAGCUACAUCUUCAGCUCCAUCACCGUGCUGGAGAAGGACCAAGCCAAGCAUUGGUUCAGCUCCAUCCAACCCAACAGGAACGUUGUCUUCAAUGUCCUCGAGCAUUUCUGGAGGGAGCAGUUGCUGUCGUCCGAAGGAUCGCGGGACGCGGCUUCCAAAACUUCUAAAGGGCGCGAGCUCAUUAACAUUGUUUCCGGGUCCCAGAAGCGGAUGGAGGACACCACUCAGGUCCUUCACCACCAGGGAAAGCAGUUCGAGGACAUUGUGAAAGGCUUGAAUAAGAUCGAAGGGGACAUGGAUACUGCUGGCAGGAUGUUGUCUAUUCUGGAGACUCCAUCUUGGUGGCCGUUUGGCUUCAGGAAGGGUCCCAGUCGCGAGCGGGGUAAAGAUGCGACCCCCAGCUGUGCUUCUCAGAACCGCGGGAAGGAAGGCAUCAUCGCGACAAUCCCCAUAAUCUUCUCCCGCAGACCAGACUACAACUUCAAGCCGGGGAAGCUGACCGUAUUGGUGUCGGCCCUGGAGAUCUCGGACUGUGACUCCCAACUGCUGCAUCGCUACGAGAGGGAAGAGGUCGACGACGUCAAGGUCUCCACUGGAUACGAUAUCUGCGUAAGGCAAAGGUUUAUCGGAAAACCCGACAUCGCCUACCGGAUCCUGUCGGCCAAGCUGCCGGACGUCAUCCCCGUCUUGGAACUGCAGUACAAAAAGAAAAUCGAGUUCUUGGAAGAAGCCUUGAUGUUUAGCGAGGCGAGGAAACCCUCUCCGGCUAACGGCUCCAGCCCUGUCUACCAAACAGACUCCUGGUAUAUCGAUGCCAUCGUGAGAUCCGGGCCCGGGGAAGGCGGUCAUUCCGACGCGGCGGCUCAAAGACAGGAAGUCUCCGAAUCCGAGGUGCAGGAGCUUCGGAAGAUGCUUACGAAGCUGAAAUGUAUCGCUCUGGAAGCAGAAGAAGAGUUGGAGAGACAGGACGAGACUUUGGAGGAGAUCAGCUCGUCCACGGACAAGGCCAUCACCACUAUCGACAAACAGAACCGUCGGAUGAGGAAGCUGUUGUAGGAACCCCGCGCGGCUCUUUAAUGAUGUUAAUAAAAGUUAUUUAAAGGGAGAGCAGCAGGACGCGCAGAAAUCAAGGGAUUUAAAGGGAAAAGUGCAUGAAUCAC